AUGGGAAAGGGCAAGGAUAAGCACAAGGAUGACGGCGCAGCAGCAGAUGCGGACAUCCCUAACUUUUACUGUCGACGGAAUCCAACUAUCCCACGUCAAGAUCAGCCGCGACCGUAUGCUUUCCUGCAGCGGAUCUUGAGCGAGCAUCGAGUCCGGACAGACGACAGUAUCGACGAGUACGAUGGCGUUGACGACGUCAACCAUACACUGGCAGGGUCAGGGAAUGCUAACACAAACGGAGCAGCCGAGCCGUUUGCUGUACAGGCCGGAUCAGGGGCCAUCACAGCUGUGCAGAACGGUAUCAACCUUCGCGAAAUGGCCAGCACAUUAGCUGCAGCGUCGGGAUCAUCCGAUUCCGUCGGAGCUGCCAGCCCAUCCGAUCCGAACAGCUCCUCGAGCUCGGCUCACAGUCGAACUGUAUCGUCCGAAGUUGCUCCCUUGGAAGAGGAGCUGCCUUGGUUCUCGCAGCUGUCGGCGUAUCCGCAGCUGAGGUCUGCAGGGAUUCCACUGGUGCCGGACGAGGCUUCUUCGAGCAAAGUAGGCGCUCUAAAUGCGGCAUCCACCAAAAAGCGGCCGAACACAUCAGCAUCGAUCGCGUCCACCUCUCUCGGCAGCUUCAACAGCGUAUCCAGACCAAGCUCCUCUUCCUCCUCUUCGGCAUCGCUUUUCAAUCCGUCAUCCGCGCCGUUGUCUCGUGUGACAUCGCCAAAGACAUCCUCUACGUCCACCAUGGAGUCGUUCCACCGCAGUGGCUCGCCCGCCUCGCUCUCGGAGGCAGUAUCGCGAACUCACAAGUCGAACGGCAGCAGCUUUUCGAUUCCUAUCACCACGACUCUUUCCUCUGCGGGCUCCAUAACUUCAAAUUUAGGUACUAGCCAAGCAUCUUCAGAUUCCAGACACCUCGCCGGCACGGGCGGGACCGCUGUAAAACCGAUACCAAUGUCAGCCAGCACCACGGCCAGUGCCGGCACGACAACCUCCGUGCCUCGUGGCAUCCCCUCUGGCGUGUCCACGUCGCUCAACGCCUCGAACAGCAUGCCCACCGAUUCUUUUGAAGAAGACCUGCUGCCGCCGGACAACUUUGCAAUGGUCAACUCGUACGUCUACCGCUCGAGUUUCCCCAAGAAGAAGCACUUCCCUUUCCUGCGCACGCUCGGCCUGCGCUCCGUGCUCACCCUCAUCCUCGAGGAAUACCCGGAGACCAAUUCGACAUUUCUCGACCAGAACGGUAUUACCUUUUUCCAGUUCGGCAUUCCCGGAAACAAGGAGCCCUUCGUAUCCAUCCCUACCGACAAGAUCACUGCUGCCCUCAUGACCAUCAUGGAUCGACGCAACCACCCGAUCCUCAUCCACUGCAACAAGGGCAAACACCGCACAGGGUGUUUGAUAGGCUGCUUGAGGAAGCUGCAACAGUGGAGUUUGACCACCAUAUUCGACGAGUAUCGACGCUUCAGCUGGCCCAAGAGUCGUAGCAUGGACCAGGAGUUCAUCGAGCUUUACGAUGAAAGAGCUGUUUGGCGGGAUAUUGACGUGAGGUGGCUGCCCAAGUGGUCGGUGUUACCCCUGGCUACGUUGAGCCUUCACAACACGACACGCAAGAUUGAGGAUCUGGAAGACGAGAUCGAUGGCGCCAACGAUCAAGCAAACGAUCCGGACCAGGACUCGCUGACGGUCUGGAGAGGCAUGUGA